AUGGUAAACACACAGUGUUUGCUGGAGCUUUUCCAGUUCUGCUGGCGUUGUCAGAAAGAGUGCUGUAUUACCGUUGAGGGCAACGAGAGGCUGUUUUCAGUCACACAGGACUGCCAGAGUUGUGGACACCACAGAGACUGGAGGAGUCACCCGCCUUCAACCGAACCUGCACAGACCUUUCAUAACGAGAAAGAACAUACACUGAAGCGUGAAGAUGAUGACGAGGUUGUGGUUCAGAUCGUGUCGUCAGAUAACGAGUGCAGUGAGCAGGUGUUUAUUGAAGAGGAUGGGUCAUAUUUAUCUAGUGAUGAUGAAGAAGCAAGUCUGCAGGAGGAGGAAGUGAAAAAGAAACGAAAGAGGAAGUCUAAAAGUAAAGACAGUUCAGAUGAGUGGGAGCCAGGUUUAGAUGAAGAGGCCACAGACUCCGAUGUGUCCAAUGAGGAAGCUUUAAAGGAGGACGGUCAGGGUAACCUUGUGGUGUGGUGCACACAAUGUGGGACCGAGGCCUCGCUCUCCUGUUCUGUUCACGGACACAAAAAGGUGUUCUGCUGCGCUCGGUGCGGUGCAGGUGACGACAUUCAAACACGUAAUAUUGAAACACUUCCUGUCCGGUUUGAUGACGUCGCCGGGUUUCAGAAACAUGCUGAACAGGAGCACGGAGCCAAACCUUUCUAUACACUGUGUCAGGACUGUGGCAAGUUUUUUACAGCAAAAAAAGAGCAUGUAUGUGAACAUAAAAUCAAAUUUAUCGUCUGUCCGGAGUGCGGGAAAAGGUUCCUCUCCGAGGCCGGCUUAAAGUUGCACCACACUCAGCUCCAUUCGGAUUAUGAUCACCCGUGUAAAUACUGUCUGAAGGUCUUCAAAACCAAGUCUGCGAAACUGGAACACGAGCAGACUCAUCCUAAAGAAAGUCAACCAUACCGCUGUCCAGAUUGUCCAGAGAAGUUUGACAACAUUCACAAACGCAACAACCAUGUCGUAUCCCACCGAGGUCCCCAUAAAUAUGUGUGUGAUGUUUGUGACAAAGGCUUCAGGGAUAUUAACAGGCUGAGGAGGCAUAAGCUCAUCCACUCUGGAGAAAAGCCUUUCAAAUGCCAAGUGUGUGAGCGGUCCUUCAACCAGAUCUUAAACCUCACUUCCCACAUGCGGGUCCACACUGGAGAGAAACCUUUCACGUGUGAGCAAUGCGGAGAGUGUUUUAACCACAACGUCAGCCUGAAGAACCACAAGCAACGACACCAUGACUCGAGUUUGACUCAAGAGAAAGAAGUGCUAAAUGAUGUAGAGAAUACGGUGAUGAAUACACAGGUAGAGGUUCCAUAA